CGCUCUUAUCUGCCGCCGGCGAGCGGCGGCGUCUCUGGCCGCCCUACUCCAGCCGGCCCCCCGUGGGCUUUGUGUGCGCGGCGGGGCCGCGCCAUGCCGCUGCGAGGGAGCCCCGCGGCGCUCCUGCCGCUUUGUCUGCUCUGCCUCCCCGCCGGGCUGCUGCUGCACGGGCCCCGCUACCACGGCCGCUACGCCGGUGAUAAAGUCAUACGGAUUGUUCCUGACAGUGAGAGGGAAAUGCAGAUCCUGAAGGCUGUAUUUAACAGACUUAAGGUGGACCUGUGGCAGCCCAGCAGCACCUCGUACAUCACCAAAGGUACCGUGACCGACCUGCGAGUACCACACAACAUGUCCCAAAUUCUGCUGCCCUCCCUCCAGCAGGCCAACAUCCAGUACACGAUUCUCAUAUCAGAUCUACAGAAAGCAAUAGAAAAACAAACUGGACGGAGGUCACAAAGAAAUCGAAGGUCCCUCCCUGGGUACAACUAUGAAGUAUACCACUCACUGGGUGAAAUCCAGGAUUGGAUGCAUCAUCUGAAUAAAACUCAUUCAGAUCUUAUUCAUACGUUCUCUGUUGGAAAAUCCUAUGAAGGCAGACCACUGUUUGUACUCAAGUUAGGUAAAAGAUCACAGCCUUACAAGAAAGCUGUCUGGAUAGACUGUGGGAUUCAUGCAAGAGAAUGGAUUGGACCUGCCUUUUGCCAGUGGUUCGUGAAAGAAGCUCUUCAGACAUAUGAGACUGAUCCUGCCAUGAGAAAGAUGCUAACUCAGCUGUAUUUUUAUAUCAUGCCUGUAUUUAACGUGGAUGGAUAUCAUUUUAGCUGGACAAAUGAUCGAUUUUGGAGAAAAACACGAUCAAAGAACUCAAGGUUUCGGUGUCAUGGUGUUGAUGCUAAUCGCAACUGGAAAGUGAAAUGGUGCGAUGAAGGUGCUUCAGUUCACCCAUGUGAUGACACCUACUGUGGUCCCUUUCCUGAGUCUGAACCUGAAGUAAAGGCUGUUGCUCAUUUUCUUCGCAAACAUCGCAAACAAAUAAAAGCCUAUUUGUCCUUCCAUGCCUAUGCACAGAUGCUGCUAUACCCCUACUCUUACAAGUAUGCAACUAUUCCAAACUUCAGCUGUGUGAAACUUCAUUUCACCAGCUACUAAAAAUGAGCUGCCUGAUGUCAUUCUUGGGAAAUAGAGCAAACCGGAAGUCAACAAAGCGACCAGAGCAGCUAAAAAUGUGAGACUUGUGGAGGCUGGCAACGCAGUCCUGCACUGUACAUAACGUGCCAUUCAGCACAUCCUCACAGCAAAUAAAGCCACGAACCCACUACUUAUUCUCCCUUCUCCACACUCUCUUGGGGAGGUGGCAAAGGGAUAAAGUGAACUGCUGACUACUACUCACAAAAGAAAAAGUAGAUUGGGAAUUUGAAACCACAGGGUCUCACUUCUUCAAAGACCAGCGGGUGCUGGGGAAAAAUCAGCAAAUUCUCUGCAGGAAGAUGAUUGUUUGGUAUCUCUGUGAAAAUACCCAGAGUAAUGUUAGACAACAUUGUGUGAGGAAAUUCAUUCUAAGGAAAAAGAAUCUCAAAUUGAUGGUUUUCACACAUACCAGUAAAUUUUUAAUACUUGUUCUUGUAGCUUGAGAGUUAUUUCCAUUUUGAGAUGGAGAGGAACUGCCCCUCAGCACACACACUCUACCUUUCCAUCCAAAGCUUUUAGACAAAAGGAACUCAGUUUUUGAUGAAUGGUAGGUGUUCCCAGCAUUUGUAAGACCUUGGAUCUCUCGGUCAGCAUCAGAAGGAGUGGAGCAGAGACCUAAAGCGACAAAGAAAGACAACAGCACUGGACAAAUGAAAGUCAAAUCGCGAUUCUAAAUAGUCUGCUGAUAUUUUGGACUUUAUACUUCUUUUUAUUGCAGUGGGGCAAAAAGAAACUGAAGCAAUUUUCUGUUGUUAAGAAAGUUCAUUCUGGGAGUUAGAGUGAAAAUGAAUGGUAUACUGUUGCUUAUUUACUUGUGCAUUUUCAUAUUUGCCUACAGCUGAAGGCUCCAUCACCUGGUGGUUUCUAAAUGCAUAAUCUUCAAUAUUUGAAGUGUCAGUCAUGGUCACUUAAACUGAGGUUCCAGUUCUCCAGUUCUCAUGGAGAAUUAUAGUGAGCUGAAAAGCAGCAGUCUCUGUUUCCUGCUGAUGAUAGAGCAAGCUUCGCUGGUCCACAUGGAUUGUGCUGAGUGGACAACUGUAAGAUCCACAAGCACAGCAGAUGAUUAAUGUUUACUGUUAAUAGGGGGUCACAAUUAAUCCUAAGCAAAAGGAAGGAUGCUUGUGUCUGGGUCACAAUGUACUAAUGAGCUGUCAGUUACCAUUUCAAUUAAAGUGUUCAAUUAUUCAUAGUUGCUUUGAAACUGGAGAGCUGUGUGCUGAUCACAACAUGCAUAUUCUGUUCUGAUUUAGGCACAGGUCUCUUAUUAGCACUCUCCUGAAAUCUGUUCUUUUAAGAUACUUAAAUGAAAUUGUACUUUUAGAUUGAAGUAAACAGCAGAAAUACUCACCCACCCAGAGGGUUUUAAAUUUCACUUACUGUUCAUUCCUUUUCUUCCUGUAAAGUCAUUUGUCUCAGUGUUUACAGUGACCUCAUAUGGCAUGACCAAUUUUGUAUAUCUCUUUGUAAAAGUCUGAUAAUAUAUGUCAAGCUUUCUCCUUGAGGGUAUUCAAAGAGUGGUUGCCUAGCUUUAUUCAGAUCAGAUCUGCACUGGGUAUGAUGCAGGUCAGAAUUGUCCCCCUUUUUGGGUAUGUAACUUCAACAGUUGAAGCAAGCAGCAUCCCUCAGGAUUAAGACCAGCAUGUUCACAAUGCCCAGGGAUGCCUUCCUAUCUGCCAGACAUGUCCUUCGGUCACUCCCCGCUGACCUUUGCAUGGUUGCUGCCUUUGCACAGAGCUCAGUACUAUUGUGCUGUAUUCAAAAAGGCAUUGCCAAAAUAUUUUUUCAAAAUGUUUUCAUCAGGAUUUGGGUUUUUCGUCUCAUUGCUGUGUGAUGUGUAACUUAUAUAUGCGGAAUCUUUUCCUUCCUCAUUAUGUUUUCCUUUCCAUGAUACAUCUCCUGGGACAUUGCUGCCCAGUCGCUCUCAGUUCCCUCAGCUGAGCCCUGCUUGCACUCAGUGCACUACCUGUGGUCAGGCCUUCCCAACUCCACACCAUGCCUCCAGGAUCCUAAGUGCCAGGCACAACUGCUUGCCAACUUUCUGUUGACCAAAUCUGCUACUCGGGGUUUUAGUGCCGGCAAUGGACAACAGCCCUGGGCCAUGGCUGGAGCUUCUCACUCCCAGAGGCCCUGUGAGGCAGUUUUCCCACCGCCAUGGCUCAUUCUGCCACCCCUCCACUCUCACACAGUCUGACACGUCCCACCCCGUUGUGCAUCUUGUAUGUCAUGACUUGCACAAGUUGAGCCAUCUGCAUGCGUAAGAGGAAGAAUAGACCCAAGUGACAGCAUUUCCCCCUUCCUUAGACCUCCUACCACCUCCUCAUGUUUGGUGCUAGGAUAAGUGAGAAGUUACCUUUCUAUGUCAACUUACUCCCACAUCCAAACCCUGCAGAAGUUCCCAACAGCAAUAACUGUUUCUACCAGUUGCUGUCAUCAUGCAGUCUCUCAUGGAGAUGAUAAGAGGAGAAGAGACAAGCUGAAACUGUCAGGCUGGAGUCUCUGACAAUAUCAUCCCUGCGCUGAGAAACAACAGAGGCGACGGCAACAAGCAAACAAAUCUAAUGGUGUCUAAUGAAUUUUUACAGUGGGGUAGAAAAUUGUUCUUCCAUUGGGAAGUGAUUUCUCAGUGUAAAAAAACUGCCCAAAGCCAUACUGCAUGACCAGUAAGUGAAAAAGAACUCUCUUUUUUUUUUUCUUCCCCUUUCUUUAGCAUCUUUACUAGAGCUGAAACAGAUCCACAAUGGGAACACCUGCACUGCUCAAGCCAAAGGCUAGCCAGAAUCCUCAUUCUUGGAGGAUUCCACUCCAAAUGAGUGGAAGCUUAGUGAAAGAGUAUAAAUGGAAAGGCAAAUAUAGAGUAAUCCUUCCCCAGUGCACUUAGCUAGUGUCUGCUGAACAACAAUGUAAGGACCAAGUUCACAAAAACUUGCAUGAACUGAAUCCUACAGCUCUUCAGUUGACUAAAAUAAAAUAAACAUUACAGUUUCAGAAGAAAGCUCAAAGUCCAGCACUUUCAGCUUCUGAUAGUGGUCAUUUACUGGCUCUGUAUAGGGAGAUUUCUUUGUGUUACUCUAGAUAUUCUCUGUAUCACUGUACAUUCUCUGGGAAUCUUUCCUGGACAAAUCCUGGAUCAUAGCCUUUCUUUUUCUUCUGACUGUGUGCAUCUUUUCUCUUUGUUUGCAAGAGGUAACUCCGAAUUUGUGGUAGGCCCAGCUCUCCGCACCCAGUUUCACAGACUGCCAUGGACCUGCUAAACAGACUGCAUUGCUAUGGAUCCUGAUGCACUGUAUACCGUAUCGAAACUGCAGUUCUGCAGUAGAGGAGAGUGUUCUCCAAGUCUACAUCGUCUGGUCCCAGGGAAAACUGAAGCAGCAAUGAACACUCACCAACCCAUCAGGGAUUCAGGAGUGGGAUUAGCUCCUUCCUUCUUCCCACUGUGCUCACUGACCACUGUGGGAUGCACCCAGUAGAUAAUUUCUCCUCCACAACAAGCCCAAUAGAGAUGAGGUUUAGUGGACUGGGACAUACAUCCACUGUUUUUGGAGGAAAGCAGUCGCAUGGCUUUUAAACUGCACAAAAAGAUAAUUUUGUCUCACUGUCUCAUUAUGACCUAUAUUUGGUGUUGCAAUAGAUGCAAUAUAUACCAGUAAUUCCAGCUAUUUAAUGGAUGAUCAUUCACAGUGCAGCAGGCUUCUUUAUGCCAUGAAAAUACUGAGUCAAACUUUUAGUACUAGGGAAUUGCUGUCAGUAAAAAUAAAUAAUGUAUUCAUCCCUUAAAAUCAUUUUAAAUUAGCUUCCGCAGACUUGUGGAACACAGCAUUGCAUCAAAAGUAAAUGAUCUGUAGCUCAGGUUCCAAUUCUAUUACAGCAUUUAAUGCAAAAUCUAAUUUAUGGAUUUGUUUUUCUCCCAC